UGUGUGUGUCUUUCGGAAUCAAAGCCAUCGACGGUCGGAGAAAAGAUGGUCAUCGAAACUUUUCUGAGGUGUUGUCCCAGGAGUGGAACAUUCUGUCCCAUAACUGAAUCCUACAUACUUCCUCCGCAGUAGGGAAAGUCUGCCCCCCCUGUGGUGUCCCACAACCACAUGGAUGAUAUUGAGGCUAUUAAAGUUAUUUCAUUUGCAGGCAGAAUACGGACUCUCAGACGAACAAAUUGCCGAAUUCAAAGAAGCUUUCGGUCUUUUUGACCACAACGGAGACGGAUCCAUAGAGGCUGCCGAAUUGGGAGUCGUGAUGCGGUCCUUGGGACAGAGGCCAACAGAAUCAGAGCUGGUCAACAUGAUAAGGCUCGUCGAUCAAGAUGGCAAUGGAACGAUUGAGUUCAAUGAGUUCUGCUUUAUGAUGUCCAACAAGAUGAAGGAGAGGGACAGCGAGAAAGAACUGAAGGAGGCCUUCAGGGUGUUCGACAAGAAUGGAGAUGGUUUCAUCUCGGCUCCGGAAUUGAGGCACGUCAUGACCAAUCUGGGAGAGAAACUGACAGACGAGGAAGUGGAGGACAUGAUCAAAGAAGCAGACCUGGACGGUGAUGGACUCGUCAACUAUGACGAAUUCGUCAAUAUCCUGACAGGAAAACAGUGAUGAACCAGCCAACGUGUACAUAUAUUUUUGCCAAGAGAACACUUUUUCGACAGAAUCGAAAGUUCCACAUCAUUGUUGGUACAUGCUCAAGACAACCCCUUCCCUUCCUUGGCAUCAUCGAGAGAUUCAUGACCCGCUGUUACGAAGAAUAUCCUCCUAUUUUUCUACAAGAAAAUUCAUGAAGAACCAAGAAAUGAGAACAAAAUGCAUAGUGUCCUCUAAGAACUGAAUCUUCCUUCUCCAAAGUCAAAAUUUUUGAUGGUUUUUAAAUGGAUGGACCCUCAUAAUCUGGAUGGUAACCAUCCAUAAUUCCAUUAUGAACCAUUAUAUUUUUGGAUGGUAACCGACAUGAGUAACCAUCACCCCAAUGUAGGAAUUCGGAAUGAUUUUUGAUGGUCCAACAUAUGAAUAGCAACUUGUUUCGAUGGUUUGUUCAUGUUGACCAUCAGAAAUUUUCAUUAUUGUUUCUUAAAAAUAUUAUGCUAGAACGAUCAUGAACUACUGUCAUUCCAGUGUAGGAAUCGGACUGAUUGAUGAUGGGCCAACAUAAAAAAUCAAUUUGUUUUGAUCGUAUAUUUCUGCUGAACUAACAAUAAUUAUUAUUGAACCUUCAUGGAAAUAUAUUGUACCAUUUUGGACUAUCAUGAAUUUCCAUCAUAGUUUUUUUAGAAAUCAAAUGUUGGAACGAUCAUGAACAACCAAUGAAGGUAAUGAUCUAACAUAAAAAAAAAUUGUUUUGGUGUUAUCCCCGAGAACCAACAAGAAUUCCCAUGAAUGUAUAAUUGGAACCAACAUGAAUUGUUGAUCCAUGAGGAUCAAACUUCUUUUGAUGGUUAACCAUCGUAUUCAAGUAGUAUUUUCCAUCAUGGAAUGGUAGAAGUUUGCUGGCAUAUCAAAAAUUAUGAGCGUGUAAUGGAAAAUGUUGGAUGAUGGUGACCAUCAAAUGAUGUUGGACCAUCAUGAAUCGCACUAAAAGCAACAUAAACCAUCAAAAGGUUUUGAUGGGAACAUCAAGAAUUUUGACUUUGGUUAGUAUCAUGGAGAUUUAUGACCAUGGUUUGGUUAGUAUCAUUUACCUCUGUCUCAAUAUUUGCCAAGAACAUCGUGCUAUUUUUCUACAAGAAACUUCAUGAAGAACCAAGAACUGUGAACAAAAUGCAUAGUGUCCUCUUAAGAACUCAAAUCAUCCUUCGGCAGUCCACCCCCCUAUUCCUUGUAAAUAACGGGACGAUUUGCUUAAAGUGGAUAAUAAUGUUUUUCUAGUUAUUACAAAGUUCCAUUGUGUUUAA